GUGCCCUGACAUUCUCUUUUUGUUGUUGCUGUCUGUUUCUCUCUGUCUAUGGGGAUUUCUUUUUUUUUUUUGCAGUUUGGUCUUCUAUUCUGUUGCCGUCAUCGGAAUCCUGAUGCUUCCAGUAUUUGCCAGGACUACGUACGUCUCUGAGAACGCUCUGAUGCCAGCAACGGCGGAUCCUCGGUUCAGUGAAGUGGAUGCCAGUUAUGCUCUCAAGGUGGCAGAUAGGCUUCAACAGUUGGUCGACUCCUCCAGUAACAAGCACAAGACGCUGGAGGACUGGCUGCUCGGUCGCUUGUCACACCUUGGGGUGGACACAUACGUCCACCCUUUUCCACCACCGGAAAUGCAGUUGGGAUCCCGGUUUGGGUGGGCUUCUCAUCGGCAAGGCAGGCAGUCUGAAAGUGCAGCAGGCAGUGCUGACAACAAGACUGGCGGUUGGGAUCCCGGUUUGGGUGCGUCGUCAUGCGAAGUCCGUGGGGUCGCAUCGUUGGAAUCGUGUUCUGCUGCUGGGCUUGACGGAAACACGCCUGGCAUGGCAGCCGGUAUCCCAAUGAAAAAAAGGCCUGGUGGAGUGAAUGUUGUUGGGAUCGUGAGGGCUCCUCAGGGAGAGGGGAACGAGGCAAUGGUUCUUGUGACACCAUUUAAUGUCAGUGAAGAAGGGCUGAAUGAAGCAGACGCACUGGGCUUAGGAGUGGGUCUGGCCCUCCUGAAAGUCUUCAGCGAGCUCUCAUGGCUUGCCAAAGACUAUGUGUGGAUCGCUGCUGAUGCUGCCUAUGGGGUACAUUACCCUGUGAAUCAGUGGCUUAAGGAAUAUCACUCCUCUGCAGUGAAGUGUGCUAUGCAUGAUCCUCUCAAUGGCUCAUCAAUGGAUUUCAAAUGGGCGGGCGUAAUUUCUGCUGGGUUGGUGCUGGAGGUUGAACGAACGUUCAGAGGUGGAGCGCUUAAUCGAGUGAAGCUUUUGACGGAGGGCGGGAAUGGGAAAAUGCCGAAUCAAGAUCUAAUCAACACCGCUCAUUACACGUCAACCUGGCGAGAAGGUGUCCGUCUGGAAAUGGACAAACAGGAAGAAGUGGAGCGAUCAGCUGUGGCGAUGUUUAUUGGCAGCGUGCUCGAGACAGUGACCAAAACGAUCCGUUGGGCGGUUACCGGCAUCAUUGGGCACGAUGGGGGAGGAGAUGGGAAGGAACACUGGUUACAAGAAUUCUUGAAGGCGAUUCCAAGCAUCACUGCAGGGGGAUAUGUUGAAGGACUUGCGACACUGACGCAGUUCAUGCAAAACCAGGCUCUUGGGGUCCCGACUGGUGCACAUGGGGCUUUCGGGAACUAUGUAAUUGAUGCGAUGACUCUGAGGGCGAUGGCCGCAAACCCACACGCAACAGCGAAAGUUGGCCCGACUGCUGCUCGACAAAGGAGAAUUGAGCAAAUUGAGAGCGUGCGGAAGAUUGGAAGGUACAAAUUUCACGAGUCGUCGCUUACCGUCUUCUCAUUGUUUGCGUGCAGAACAUAGCACAGCUGUAGGAUAGCUGAUCCCGUU